CAUGAAGGCCAUAUAGGAGGGCUGAAAAGGUAGGGCCGCACAUGAGAAUUUCACCAGUAAAUAGAAAUUGUGGUUUGAAACAGACCUCAAUCACUCAAUUCUUUCCACUUGCAGUGCCUGAAAAUAAGGAGGAUAAGGCAAAGGCUCCUGCAGAGGAAAACUAUAUUCAUCCACUCAAAAAUAGGGUUAUCCAGAUAGUUAAGUUAUCAGAGGACAGGAGAGUUAUCAAAUCUGACUAAGAGACAGCACAAUAAACCAGUAGAACUUAGGCAUGCUGAAUCACACCCAAUUGAUUCUGGCCUGAACAACCAUAUAAAAACAAAAACAGCAAAGGAGCUAAAGAUUCUGUCCUGGAAUAUAUCUGGAUGGGCCGGAAAACUAGUGGAUAAAGAGUUUGUAGAGUAUUUACAGGAGUUCUCUAUUAUAAUGUUACAGGAAACUUGGGUACAAGAAACCUCAAAUCUUAAUUUGCAGGGUUUUAGAAGUUUUGCAGUGCCGGCUGCAAGGCGACAUAAGUGGGGGCGCUGCUGUGGGGGCUUAGCAGUUUUUGUUUCAGUUGAGCUAGACGCCGAGUGUCAAAUUGUGACUAAUCAGUCUAACAACAAUAUUUUAGCUGUAGAGAUAAACCUCAAGGAUAACCAGGUUUUAUUUUGUAUUAAUGUCUAUGUGCCUCCAGUAAAUUCAGCGUAUUCUGCCAAAGAGGUGUGGCAGUUUUUAGAUACAGCCUUGGGAGAUAGGACCACUGGCUUGGAAAAUACGAACAUUGUUUUAGGAGGUGAUUUUAAUGCAAGGAUGGGUAAAUCCAACGAGGAACUAGCUCAGCAUUUUGGGUUAUAUUUAGAGAACCAAUUCUCACUUAAUAGAAACUCAAGAGACGUGAAAUUUAAUAAGAAUGGGCUGGAACUUUUCUUACUAGCCUAUAAACAUUUUUUAUUAAUCAUGAAUGGCAGCCAUCUAGAGGAGUCAUCCGGACUAUACACUUAUCACUCAGUAAGGGGGGGAAGUGUUCUAGAUUAUUUUAUAAUCUCACCAGGGUUGUUGCCAGCAGUCAAAACUUUUAUAGUGGACAUACGUCCAGAAAGUGACCAUCACCCCAUUAAACUAGUCAUAAAAACAGACGUAGAUCAGUACAGAGUGUCAAAUAAUUAUCCGCUGGACCUGGUUUCCAUGGGACCCAGACGACUCAAGUGGUCAGAGCCCUUGAGCAAUAAGGUUAUAGACCUACUUAAUGGACCUGUUCUGGAAACUUGCAGAGAUAAGAUAGUCAAGUGUACGAUUGACCCAAUAGAGGGUUAUCAGCAAAUUAUUACCACCCUUAAACCAUACCUGAUUCACACAGAACCAACUAAAGUCAACAAGUCCAGCAAGGGAAGCUGGUUCGAUGCAGAAUGCAGGAGCCAAAAAAAAAUCCUAUCCCUGGCCAUCAGAGCAGCCAACAAAAAUGGGACUGAUCAAUUCUACAAAAGCCUGAGUGAAAUCCGUUCACAAUAUAAAACCUUACUAAAAAGGAAGAAAUUUGAAUUCAACAGACAAAAUUGGAUAAUGCUGGAUCUGGCAGUUAGGCAAAAGGAUGAGGUCAAAUUCUGGAAUAUGGUGCAUUGAGGGUUAAGACCCUUGCAACCUCAUUUAGACUCUCAAAUUGCAGCACCUACAUGGGAAACAUAUUUUGGAGAAAUAUUCACUGACCCAGAGACUGCCAAGGAUGUGUCUAAACCUAUUGACCCCCCUGAUUGGCCACCAGUUUCUCCAGAGGAAAUUGAAGGCCUACUACAAAAAUUAAAAACAGGAAAAGCCCCAGGAGAGGACAUGCUACCGCCCGAAUUGUUUAGAUGUAACAUCACCUGGUGGGCUCCCAUCCUGGCCAGACUGUUUACUAGGCUUGCUCAAAUAAUUCGUUUUCCCCGUUUACCGUUAUUGAUUCGUUAUUUUCGGAUUUUUUGAAGCAAUAUUGAAUCUUGGCUGUCCACACGCCUGGAUAUCGCGGUUUCGAACCGCGAUUGGCCGUUUUCCGUAAUGGCGCCUUUUUUUUCGUUUUUAAAAAAUGCUUUGUCAAAUCAUCCAAACUUUUUUAAGUCCACUGGGGCAAUCUAGUGUGUUGUUUGCACCUUGUAGCCAAUCAGAGAGCACGUUUAACCAGGGGGAGGGGCUGGUAGGACGUGCUUAAUGAAAACAGCGUGCACACGCCUCGUGGCUCAGUCGCACUGGGAAUUUUGGAGAGGGUGGAAGGGUAGAUUAGAUUUUGGUGCAGGCAGGCAGGAAACAUUGCUGCGUCACAGCAUGGCUGUGUGAAGACCAGGACAGGAGAAAAGGUGGGGUGGUCUGUGGCUGAGUUUGGUGGUGUGGGUCUUAGGUCUUUCUAUUUCUUUUGUUGUUGCAAAGGGCUGUCCUGUGGGUGUUUUUCCUGUUCAAAAUACAACUCCUUUGGGGGAAAGAAAAGAAAUAGAAAGACCUAAGACCCACACCACCAAACUCAGCCACAGACCACCCCACCUUUUCUCCUGUCCUGGUCUUCACACAGCCAUGCUGUGACGCAGCAAUGUUUCCUGCCUGCCUGCACCAAUCUACCCUUCCACCCUCUCCAAAAGUCCCAGUGCGACUGAGCCACGAGGCGUGUGCACGCUGUUUUCAUUAAGCACGUCCUACCAGCCCCUCCCCCUGGUUAAACGUGCUCUCUGAUUGGCUACAAGGUGCAAACAACACACUAGAUUGCCCCAGUGGACUUAAAAAAGUUUGGAUGAUUUGACAAAGCAUUUUUUAAAAACGAAAAAAAAGGCGCCAUUACGGAAAACGGCCAAUCGCGGUUCGAAACCGCGAUAUCCAGGCGUGUGGACAGCCAAGAUUCAAUAUUGCUUCAAAAAAUCCGAAAAUAACGAAUCAAUAACGGUAAACGGGGAAAACGAAUUAUUUGAGCAAGCCUACUAUUUAUUCUUCAAGGUGGGUAUGAUGAUGGUACCCCCGGGGUUAAAAGCAAAACUAGUGUCUGGCUAUAUCCGGUGGCUAUCGGUAUACCCUCCAAUGUACUUCAGUUCUUUAAAAUAAAGACUCUCGAGGCAGGCAGGAUAAAGUUAAACAAAUAGGUUUACUGGAAAAGAAAGGCAAAGUUCACUUAAAAGGUGCACAUGCGCGGAACAGCCCCCAACCCCCCCCCCCACCCUUGCAAGACGUUGCGUGUGAAACGUCCAACCACCGCAGCAGACGGUUUACCUCAUGCAGGGGAAGACAAUGUAGCAGGGAGCCCACAAGGCCAUCCAGCUGUGCCCCUCUUCCUCCAGCCACAAAGGAUUACACACACACACUCCCCAAAUUCCUGUCCCUAAGGAAAGGAAGGAAGGAAGAAAAAAAGAGGGAAAGUGAGAGAAGGAAUGGAGUGAAGGAAGGAAGACAGGAGAGAAGGAAGGGAAGAAAGAAAGAGGGAGGGUUGGAGGAAAAGAGCUGUAUAUAAGUUAAAGAAGGGAAGGAAGGAAGGAGGGAGGAAGGAAGGAAGACCCCUCCCCUGCCCACCCCCCUCAUGGCGCCUUGCACUGCCUCCGCGUCCUACCUGUCCAGGCCGGUAUCCUCAACUGGGCUUCCCUGCCUUGCCUGGCUCUUUCCUCCGACAUGCAUGGGCAAACUUGGGCCCUUCAGGUGAUUAGGACUUCAACAAGUUUGCUGGUUGAACUUUAUGCUAACAAACCCUCAUCCACGCCUCUACGUUCAUUCAAGAAAACUAUACAUCCCCAACCACCAUGCGGCCUAAAAAACCCCAAAAAACGGAACACACUGUCAGGGGGACAAUGGGGUGACUCUGGUUGCCAUGCAGAGUGGGUUCCAAAAAUCAUCAUCAUGGUCUCACCGAUCCCUCCUUCUCCAGGCUGCCUUCUCAUGCGGAGAAUCAGCACUGGUCAACAAAACACCAGCAGUCGAAGGUUCCGUUGAAAAUCCAACGGUACUUAAACUUUAUUUACAUCACUAUAUACAGUUGCAGUCAUUUGCAAUAAGUCCCAGACACAUGGCAGUAUCUCCUCGGCUACAGAGCAAAGCAUUCAUCGGCCAUCUUCAGUUAACGCUCACACCGAACACACAACACUCCCCUGCAUUCCACAGAUCAUGAAGGAAGUCCCGGUCAAUCAGACUUGACCCCAUUGGUCCUGUGUUACAUCAAUCAAAGCAGGUUUUUAUUAACUCCUCCGUUGCUGAAACUCAUACAGAAAAAAACAUUUCUAACAGCCUAGAUUGAUUUUAACAUCUCACACAAUUCACAAUACCCUGACACGCUCCAUCUGCGCCAAAGGCCAAGCCCGCACACAGACAGAACAACCCUCACCUCUACCUUCAACAGCCGCUCCCACACGCAGUCCUUUUCCCGCCACUGUUUGGAAAUGGCUUUUCCCUGAGUAUGGCGGCCUAUAUUCUUUUUUCUUCAUGCCAUAGCUAGGCCUGGGGCCAGUAGUGGAUUGCCUUGUAAGAGAAUAGGAAGCUUUGAGAAUGUUGCUUUCAUGUUAGUAAGUCGUUAUUGUCAAAAGUCAGACGCCAAUUAGAGAGCAAAACAGUUUAUUCAAGAAAUAGCCCAAAAACUAGUCACAAACAUAAAAGAUGGCUUAAAACACUUAACCUCCAGUGUUUUAAGGCAGUUUAAACAAAAAUAUAUCAAAAAAAUAUGCUUUAACAAAUAAACCGGAUUAUUCAAGCAAAUAAUCCAGAUUAAACUAAGGGUGCUUCAAUUCAGCUCAAAACUUUCUGAGUUGGCUUGGAAUAAGCAGCCAAAACAAAGCAAAGACUUGUAAACCCCCCAAAAAACUCCCCAAAGUCCCAAACUUAGCAGUUCAAACUUAAAGCCUCAAACAGAAACUCGCACUGAGCAAAGGAGCUUCCCAGUGAGAGUAGCUUGUAAACAAACUUGGAAGCCGGUGCAAAAGGAGAGAAAGCGGCUCCAAGCCUUUACUGCGGCCAGCACCAGGCUUUGGGAUUUAAAGGGACAGUGCAAGGAGAUGUUGUCAAACGGGUCCGGAGUCGAAACAGCAGGGGCAGCAAUAAUCCGCUUCAAGAGUACAGACAAUGCCAGGAGCUCAAGGAACAAAGCGAAGAGACGUCGUCAGGUCGGUCCAGGGCCAGGAAAGGAGACAGUAGCAAGGUCGGGAGGCAAGCCAGGAGUCAAGAGCCGUGGGUAGACACAAAUCAAAGAGCGAAGGUAGAAGAAGAGUCGAAUUCCAGUCCAAGGUCCAGGGUUGCAGUCAUCAAUUCAAGGUCCACGAAAUGGAAUGGCACAAAGAGCCAAGGCAACGGAGGCAACAGCAGCUAAUGUUACAUAGCAAUAACAGUGCAGUGUGCAGUCCAGGAAACUGCUCUUAAGGAAAGUUGGUCCGUUUUGACAUUCCAAAGAAUUUCUAGGCUGCUUUGAGUUUGAAGAUCUUUAGACAUCAUGAAGCGGGCACACCAUCAAAAUUACUCUGUGUCCCUGAACUCAAGUUUGUUGUACAUAAGCAGAUUUCAGGCAGGUCCAAUGCAAAAGACACAAAAGCAAGAGGAAAAGGAACCGAAAAACUUGACUCUUGUCAGCAGAGUUAAAAUAUAAAUUUGCAUUUUUGCAUACAAAAUCAAACAGUCCAACAAACUUAUAGUCCUUGUAAGUAGCAGAAUAAGGCUUCAUCCAAAUGAGAGAGUAGAACAUAAAACAAAUAGCUAUUCCACCAUAGCAAAGAGCAUUACUGCUAGAGCAUUGUUAAUUCAGCAUCUCCAAACUGUAUUCUAACAUCCAUACAGUUAUACUCCACUGGGUGUGGUUCAAGCUUGCUUGCUGACCUACAUCAGCAGCUGCUCAUAAUAAUUAACAUUAUAAAGUUUUCUUUAACACACACACACACACUUGAUCCUGUUACAACUUACUGUAACAAAGUUCACAACAUGAGGAAUUUAAUUAAGGAGCCAUGGCUUUAGAAGGUUGUUCAAAAUGAAACCCAUUAAUGUUGAUCAGCUUAAUUGUACUUCAGGUUUGUUUAUUUACUUACUUAGGCGAUCCCUCGUAGGCCAAGGAUGAAGGUCCUCCAGUUCUAGGGUCUUGGGAGUGUGUCCGCAGGUGACUGAAGAGACCGAUUCUUGACCCGCAUGUUCUCCCUUCCGCAGUGAGGACAUCGGUUUCCAGGUGGAAGUCUGUCUCUGUCAGGGUUGGCUUGACGGGCCUUCCUCUUGGCACGUUUCUCCAUUAAGCCCUCCAUUCGUGCCUCUUCGAACUCCGCAGCACUGCUGGUCACAGCUGACCUCCAAUUAGAGCGCUCAAGGGCCAGGGCUUCCCCGUUCUCAGUGUCUAUUCCACAGUUUUUAAGGUUGGCUUUGAGCCCAUCUUUAAAUCUCUUUUCCUGCCCACCAACAUUCCGUUUCCCAUUCUUGAGUUCGGAGUAGAGUAGCUGCUUUGGGAGACGGUGAUCUUUGGGCAUUCGGACAACGUGGCCAGUUUGUUUAUGCUGGUUGUUAUGUACUAUCUUUUCAGUUCAUUAAUUAGAACUGAUAGCUCAGCAUUGGAGGAUCUCUCUGUUCUCUUGGUUGUUUGGAGCAGCCCCGUCUUUUUUCAUUUUUUCUCCUUUCUGUAGAUUUCACUUUCUGAUGAUCUCACAGCCGUUUAUUCUGUCAAGAUUUCUAUUUGAUGGCUCAAGUCUGUUUCUCAAGAGAUACUGUGAAAGUUUAGGGCUUGUUUCCAUUUUAGUUGUAGUCCUAUCUGCUGGAAUGCAUCGAAAAAUCUAUUAUCUCCCUCGUUAACUUUUGAAAAUUAAGUCCAACAAGUUUUAACAGAAACAAUGUUCUUCAUAGAAUCAUAGAAUCAUAGAGUAGUAGAGUUGGAAGAGACCUCAUGGGCCAUCUAGUCCAACCCCCCGCCAAGAAGCAGGAAAUCGCAUUCAAAGCACCCCCGACAGAUGGCCAUCCAGCCUUUGCUUAAAAGCCUCCAUAGAAGGAGGGAGCCUCCACCACAGUCCGGGGCAGAGUUCCACUGUUGAACAGCCCUUCUCACUGUGAGGAAGUUCUUCCUGAUGUUUAGGUGGAAUCUCCUUUCCUGUAGUUUGAAGCCAUUGUUCCGUGUCCUAGUCUGCAGGGCAGCAGAAAGAAAGCUCCCUCCCUCCUCCCUAUGACUUCCCUUCACGUAUUUGUACCUGGCUCUCAUGUCUCCUCUCAGCCUUCUCUUCUGCAGGCUAAACAUGCCCAGCUCUUUAAGCCGCUCCUCAUAGGGCUUGUUCUCCAGACCCUUGAUCCUUUGAGUCGCCCUCCUCUGGACGCUUUCCAGCUUGUCAACAUCUCCCUUCAACUGCGGUGCCCAGAAUUGGACACAGGGUGAUUCCAGGUGUGGUCUGACCAAGGCAGAAUAGAAUAAGGGGGAGCAGGACUUCCCUGGAUCUAGACGCUAUUCCCCUAUUGAUGCAGGACAGAAUCCCAUUGGCUUUUAACUGCCGCAUCACA